UAUCAGUUUGGUUAUAAGAUCCGUGACGUCAUGAAUCAGCUGUUAUAUGGCAUAGUUAUCACCGCAAAAUUGUGGUAUUUACCCAACUCCCGAGCAGUUUUAUAUUUUUGGUUAUUAUUUGAAAUGUGACAAGUUAGAAUUUUGGCGGGUAUUGGAUAUUUUCGUCGUACUUGUGAGGUUAUAUGCGCGUUUAAAAGAGCGUUUUGCAGUUCUUUAUUAAAUUGAAAAUAAUAUGGAGCAAUUUUAUCUAACUUUAAACUAUGAAGGCCUAGACUACAAGGUCUGCGUUAAAGACCUUGAAACAGCCAAUUUACUUUUGAAUGAUGCUGCUGCUGCAGAGCAAUAUACUAGUAUUUUAUCGAUGUGUCCAUUGGGGUGUCAGCAUGAGCACAAUGACUCGAAAAUCAACCUCAGAAUGAUUUAA